GGGAGUAGAAUUAGAUUCUCUUUUUCUGAUAGAUUUUUUUUUCUCAAUUUUCUCCAAAGUUAAUUAUUUUUCUCAUUCUCUUGGAGUUAAUUGUGUUUGCUAAUUUUUUUAAUCAUGUCUGAUUCCGAAGAUUCAUUGCCCACUAAUGGUUCAUCAAACGAUCAUAUGAAUGAUACCGGAUCUUAUAAGCCGAAUAAAAGGAAGAAGACAUAUUCUGAUGAUGAAUCUAAUUAUUCUGAUUAUGAGAAGGAAAUUGAAAGGAAAAGAAAAGAAAAGUCCAGUGGUGAUAAAAAGAAAGAUAAGAAAAAAUCUAAAACCAUAAAGCCAGAUCCUGACUCACCUCCUCGUAAGAAAAAAUCUAAAUCUGAGGCAAAUGGUAGCCCAACUAAAUCUCCUGGUAAGAAAAAGGUUAAAAAAGAGGAAGAGGAAGCCCAACAUAUUUGGAAAUGGUGGGAAGAAGAAAAUAAUGACCAAACAAUUAAAUGGAAAACUUUGAUUCACAAAGGUCCGAUAUUUCCUCCUGAUUAUGAUCCACUCCCAUCUAAUGUCAAAUUUUAUUACGAUGGUAAACCUAUGAAAUUAUCUCUCGGAGCUGAAGAAAUUGCUGGUUUUUAUGGUAAAAUGCUUGACCAUGAAUACACCAUUAAGGACACAUUCAACAAAAAUUUCUUCAAAGAUUGGCGUAAAUAUAUGACAGCCGAUGAAAGAGAAACUAUCAAAGAUUUAAAAAAAUGUGAUUUUAGGUCGAUGCAUGAAUAUUUUAAAGAACAAAGCGAAUUGCGUAAACAGAUGACUAAAGAAGAGAAACAAGCAAGGAAAAAGAAGGAGGAAGCCCUCAUUGAGGAAUAUGGUUAUUGUAUAGUUGAUGGACAUAAACAGAAAAUUGGUAAUUUCAGAAUUGAACCUCCAGGUUUAUUCAGAGGACGUGGUGAACAUCCAAAGAUGGGUAAAGUUAAAGCUCGUAUCAAUGCAGAAGAUAUUAUCAUUAACAUUGGUAAAAAAGCACCUAUUCCCCCACCACCUUCUGGUCACAAAUGGAAAGAGGUGAGACACGACAACACCGUUUCAUGGUUGGCAUCUUGGACUGAAAAUAUUAUGGGCAAUGUCAAGUAUGUCAUGUUGAAUCCAUCUUCUAAAUUGAAAUCUAUGAAAGAUUGGCAAAAAUACGAGAAAGCCAGAGAAUUAUGUAAAUUUGUUGACGAUAUUCGAAAUAAUUACCGAGAAGACUUCAAAGAUCGUGAAAUGGUUAAACGUCAACGUGCAGUUGCCCUUUAUUUCAUCGAUAAACUUGCACUAAGAGCAGGUAACGAAAAGGAAGAAGGUGAAACUGCCGAUACGGUGGGUUGUUGUUCCCUUCGUUGUGAACACAUUGUUCUUCACGAGGAGAAAGGCGAUAAAAAGUAUGUGGUUGACUUUGAUUUUCUUGGUAAAGAUUCAAUUAGAUAUAGUAAUUCAGUGCCGGUUGAAAAGAGAGUCUUUAAAAAUUUAAAACUCUUCAUGGAAAACAAACAACCUGAGGAUGACCUUUUUGACCGUUUGAAUACAUCAACUCUUAAUAAAUAUCUUAACUCAUUGAUGGAUGGAUUGACGGCCAAAGUUUUCCGUACCUUCAAUGCCUCAUUUACCCUACAAGAACAAUUGAAACUGUUAACAAAACCGGACAUGUCUCAAGCUGAAUUAAUGUUGGCUUAUAAUCGUGCUAAUCGAGCUGUUGCUGUUCUAUGUAACCAUCAACGUGCAGUUCCCAAAACGUUUGAAAAAUCAAUGUCAAAUUUACAAGCUAAAAUUGAAGAUAAGAAAGAUCAGAUUAAGCAAGUUAAGAAGGAGUUAAAAAGUGACAAAAGCGAUAAAUUAAAGAAAAAGCUGAAAACCUUAGAUGAACAAUUAAAAAAAUUAGAAGUCCAAGCAGUUGACAGAGAAGAAAAUAAACAAAUUGCCCUUGGUACUAGUAAACUUAAUUAUUUGGAUCCAAGAAUUAGUGUUGCUUGGUGUAAAAAGUAUAACGUUCCAAUCGAGAAAAUUUACAACAAAACCCAGAGGGAUAAAUUCCGUUGGGCAAUUGAAAUGGCUGAACCUGAUUUUAUAUGGUGAUUUAGGAGAAUCAAGUAGUAAUCAAUAUGAAGAUAAAAAAAUUCUCGCUGCUAAAUAUAUACAUAAACUUCAACUUUACUCUUUUUCUCCCUCUUAUUUCAAUAUAAUAAUCAUGGUAUCAAAGAAACAAUUAAAGAAACAAAAGUCUAACCCUUUUGGACAUCCAACAUUUCAACAACCAUUGUGAAAUUAACGAAGUAAAAGCAACGAUAAUAUUAAGCUUUCUCUUUGACCAACGGUGUCCGUCAAAAUCACCACCAUACCAAACCCUUUCUCUCUUUUCAUAUUUCUUUUUCGUUGUAUCCCAAAAAAAUAACCCUCUUUCUCUCAGUAUUUAUAUACUGUUUCUCUUACAUUAUUACCUUUUACCUCUUGUCUUUUUUUCGGGAUGAAUUGACGCCCUCAUCAAUCCAUUUAAAUAUUUAUAUAAAUACUUUCGAAUCAAAUGGAAAUCCAAAGGAUGGCUACUUCAAAAACACUUCUUCUCUACCUCCUCAAGUCUUUUCUUCUCUGCUACCUUAUUUUCCACCUUCUCUUUUCCAUCUUUCCAUCUUGCCCUCUUUACUUCCUUUUUUCUCUCUUUUUUUCCAUGAAAAAUUUUCAUUUUUUACUUGGUAAAUGUAGAAAUCUGUCAAUAUUAUCUUUCUACUCUAUUCUAAUAGGUUACCUAAUGUGUAUUCUUGCCUAUAUGACAUUACUAUUCUUUAGCCUUGACUCUUUUUCUCCCACCCAACCCAAAUAUACUUUUCAUCCUCAUCUUGUUUUUUUCACCAUCAAUAUCACACUUUAGACAUCAACUUUUUGAGAUAACAGUAACAAUCUACCACCACCACCACCACCACACCACCAACAACAACAACACCGAUAACAACCAAACAAUAACCAAUUGGGCCUAAGAAAACAAUGAAGAAAAAAAUCUGCUGGGCAUUACCACCAAACAUCAACCCUUGACAUUGAACUACUUGUACCACUUUUUGUCUUUGUAUUUAUGUCACUAUCGCUCUCCUUUUCCGACAACCUCUUUUGAUUCCUCUACAACUGCUACUCUAGCUGGCUCUAAAGAUAACGAAAAAAAAGAAGAGAUCGAGUGAUUAUUGAUAUCAUUUUAUUUGCAUACAAACAUAAAGACAACAAUUAAGCAUUAAGAGCAAUUAGCAAACUUGAUGAAUCGACUCCAUCACCAAGACCAUUUCCAAACCACAACAUCCACGAUAUGCUUACCAAUAAUAAAUUGCUCUAAACUGCUUUCAUAGAAAAUCUAAUAUGUUUCAAAGAAUCUCCUCAACUAUUUCUAAAUUAUUGUUCUUAAUUACAAUUGGAAUAUCACAAUUACAUCGGUAACUAAAUUUUCAAUUCAUCGAUUAACCUUAUUAGCAAACGAUAAAAACUACAGAAAAAAAACAAGUCUAAUUGUCAAUCAACAAUUAGAACCACAUUGACUUUUCUUUCAAACAAUUAACAACAAAUCUAAAGCACAAUAAUCAACCAAUUUUCCCAACAUUCAAUUCUACGACUUUUGUUAUCUAUUAUAUAAUAUUAUAAACCGAAAUUAACUAAUCACAACAAUUAACUGUUCCCUUUUCCCUCUGCUUUAAAUGCUAAUUGUUAUGAAAAAAAAAACUAAA